GGCGGUUAAAUGACGGUGACGUAUGGAAGCUAGUACAUGCAGACGAGGCGGGUCUAUAUAUCUUGACUGUCGGAGCCGAGUGCGAGGCAGUUUAGUGUUCUGGCUUGUCUGAGUGUGGUCUAUCUCCAAACUACUAUCCCUUGCAUCCCAAUCAACAACUAUUUUAAAGAAACUUUCAUUUAUUUCCUCCUAAAAAGUGAUGUAUACCGCCAUGAAUCGUUCCUGUGCCCAGUGGACUCGAGUUCUCUUUCUUCACAAUUCUCGAUUGCCAGUUGGAAAACAAUUUCCAAUCGAAACCCGAGGACUCGCAAGUCCUCCCCCACCGACCAAUCUGAGUGUGGGUAUUAACAAACGACAAACAGACAUCAGCGAUGACGGUAAAACGGCUCUCCCCGCGUCUGCUUCAAUAGGACGACGAGAUCCACUGGACUUGUCUUUUGACAAUGCCGAAGCUGCAUUUCGCAGUAAAACUACAUUACAGAUCCUUCGUGCCUAUUUGGUUUUCACGCUUUGUUCUUCCAACUAUUUGGUUGAGAACAAUAUGAAGCUAAUGAAAUUGGGAAAGAAGGUCUUGGGCAAACGUCUUUUCAAAUCGUUGAUGAAGGCAACAUUCUAUGGACAAUUCGUUGCUGGCGAGAAUCAACAAGAUAUUAUGCCCGUUAUUCAACGUAUGCGGUCGUUUGGAGUCAAAUCCAUCUUGGAUUAUUCCGCUGAGGAAGACAUCAGCGCCGAAGAAGCAGCCGAAAAAGAAAUGGCGUCUUGCGUGUCAACCACUGCAGCACCUGAUCCAGCGGCAAUCUCUGUUGAUCCUGCUGCCGACUCUCCUGAAGCAGUUAAGAGAUAUCACGCCCAUCGGGAGUUUGCCGAUCGUCGCCAGAAUGUUAACUCUGCUCGAACAUAUUUUUAUCUCAAUGAAGCUCAGUGUGAAAAGAACGUUGAUAUUUUCCUUCGGUGCAUCGAAGCUGUUUCUGGCACCACUCAGAGCACUGGCUUUGCUGCUAUUAAAAUGACUGCGCUUGGUCGGCCUCAGCUAUUACUCCAACUGUCAGAAGUCAUUGCCCGCAGUCGGCGCUACUUUACCGAAGUAACUGGCCUUUCAGCUGAUAACAAUAUCCUGCAACAGAAUGCUUCGCCAGCCAUCUUCGAGAAACGUUUCGAAAAAGCUGAUAUCCUAACAGACAAUGCAGCAGUCCAAAAGUGGCUGCAACAAAUGACUUAUGAUCAGAAAGGUUUGAUUCACUUAUUUUCCUGGAGCGGGUUAAUUGAUGCCAAUAUCCUGUUGAGCGAUCUGUUUAAAGUACCGAACCUCCAAACUGGAAGGAUGGAACCUUUGAUAACUGCCCUUUCUCCAGAAGAAGAAGAGAUGGCAUGCAAUAUGCUCCGACGGUUGAACACCAUUUUCUCGGCAGCUCGGGAUUUGGACGUGCGGGUGAUGGUCGACGCUGAGCAAUCCUAUUUCCAGCCUGCUAUUUCUCGCCUGACUAUGGAACUAAUGAGAAAGUACAACAAGGAAAAGGCCAUCGUCUUCAAUACUUACCAGUGCUACCUUAAAGAAACUUACAACAAUGUGGUACUGGAUCUAGAGCAGGCUAACAGGCAAAAUUUUUAUUUUGGUGCCAAACUCGUCCGAGGAGCUUACAUGGAACAAGAAAGAGCUCGUGCCUUGGCAUUGGGCUACGAAGAUCCAGUCAAUCCUACCUAUGAAGCCACAACAGCAAUGUAUGAAAAGACAUUGUUGGAGUGCCUCAUGCGCAUCAAAGAAAUGAAAACGAGGACUAACGAGCGACGUAUCGGCGUCAUGGUGGCAAGCCACAACGAGGAUACUGUACGCUUUGCACUUAGGAAAAUGGAAGAGCUUGGAAUUUCUGCACAGGACAAGGUCAUCUGUUUCGGCCAAUUGCUUGGAAUGUGUGACCAAAUUUCGUUCCCUCUUGGUCAAAGUGGAUACUCUGUUUACAAAUACGUUCCUUAUGGACCAGUAGAUGAAGUUUUGCCAUACCUGUCUCGUCGAGCACAAGAAAAUCGUGGCAUUCUCACCAAAAUCAAGAAGGAAAAAAGGCUCCUAGUGACGGAACUGAAACGUCGUCUGGUCAAGGGUCAGCUGUUUGCUACACCGAAAGGCGAAUACGUUCCAAUCUAAAGACGUGGCAACUACAGGAAAACGAAAUUUUUUCUCCUUUCUAAAUUAGAAUUUUAUCAUGUCGCAACUGGCCCCAGCUAUUGCCGGUGAAUUUUACACAAGUGUACAGUAUAUUAUAUGUAUCUUGGGGAAAAUCUCAAGUCGCGGUAACAGGGUUCGUUUCCCUCUUCCCCGUAAUUUGCCAAUGCUUUCUCGUUCGUUUUUUAAAGGACGAUCACGGAUUGCUAUCGUUUUUACAGUGUCUUUUUAUUAUUGGAACGCACAGAGUCAUCCGAAGUGUGAUUGCCUAAUGCGCCGUUUCUUGUCCUUUUUCGGUCUCCCAUGCCAACACGUAGUAACUGGGGAGAAAAAAAAGGAAAUUAAAUAGUGUCAACUACGACGAAUUGUACAAUGUGUGAUAUAACGAAAGUAUUAUUAGUUAGCCCAACCAGAAUUUCAAGGGACUACAAAAUAAACUUUUUUUCUUCUCA